AUGCUUGGAACACCAAACGAAAUCGGGGCUGCGGGAUUGCCGGAUAGCAGAGACACAAAGCCGGAACAUUUGCGGCAUGUCAAGCCCGGGCACGUCGUUUAUGCCCGGAGCGAUAUGAGGCUUUAUCGCAAGGCCGGGACCUCUCCUUGUUUCGUCGAAAGCUCGUCCGUUUCUACUGGUUCCGGACGUUCCCUUGAGAUUGCGACACCACCGAGCAAAUCUCUAUGGUUCAUUAAUCGGGAAAGCAUGGCGACCAGCGGUGACGGUACUGGGGCUAACCGUGCAGAGGCGAAUAGGACAAAUUGUCGUGGUAUGUCUGCAUGUUGCCAAGAUGCUUGGGUUCCGGAGCUUGAAACACCUGAUCCUCCCCAGAUCUUGGCCGCAGCGGAAACAACCAGGAUUUUUUUGAUUGAGGCGGAUACCAAGGAUUACUCUAUUGGGCCGCUUGUCAUGGGCUCAUGGUGGUCCACAGUGCCGUAG